CGGUCAUAACCAACUGGUGGGCAAACUUCCUAGAUCUUUGAUCCGUCUCUCUGCUCUUGAAGUUCUGAAUGUGGAAAACAACAGAAUCAACGACACGUUUCCGUUCUGGUUGUCUUCUCUUAAAAAUCUGCAAGUUCUUGUCUUACGCUCCAAUGCAUUUCACGGACCGAUACAUCAUGUCUCGUUCCAUACACUGCGAAUCAUCGACUUAUCGCAUAAUCAAUUCAAUGGAACUUUGCCAUCAAACUAUUUUGUGAACUGGAAUGCUAUGUCGUCACUUAAGGCAAACGAGGAUCGGUCUCAAGAAAAAUACAUGGGAGACUCUUUUCGAUAUUACCAUGAUUCAGUGGUUUUGAUGAAUAAAGGCUUAGAGAUGGAGCUGGUACGCAUCCUAAAAUUCUACACAGCUCUCGACUUUUCUGAAAACAAAUUUGAAGGAGAGAUUCCAAGAUCCAUCGGUCUAUUGAAAGAGCUUCAUGUUCUUAACUUCUCAAGCAAUGCUUUCACCGGCCACAUCCCAUCAUCUAUGGGGAAUCUAAGAGAGCUCGAGUCACUGGACGUUUCUCAAAACAAGCUUUCAGGAGAAAUUCCACAAGAACUAGGGAACCUCUCGUUCCUUGCCUACAUGAACUUCUCUCACAACCAGCUUGGAGGUCUAGUACCAGGGGGAACUCAGUUUCGUAGGCAAAACUGCUCUUCUUUCAAGGACAACCCUGGACUUUAUGGCUCUUCACUUGAAGAAGUUUGUGUAGAUAUUCAUGCACCAGCACCACAACAACAUGAACCGCCAGAGCCAGAGGAAGAAGACAGAGAGGUGUUCAGUUGGAUAGCAGCUGCAAUAGGAUUCGGACCUGGUAUUGCCUUUGGAUUGACGAUUGGAUACAUAUUGGUUUGCUACAAACCAGAUUGGUUCAUGCAUACCUUUGGCCGAAACAAACAAAUAAGUAAAAGCACCUGAACUCGUUAGAGAGGCAUUUAGAACCUACCUGAAGAAUCUCGAAGAAGAAAAUCAAAGCAACCAGAAGAACUCCAAGAAAGUCAACUUACAACCUCUGCACAUGAAAAAAGUUUGAGGAGAAAGCAAUCAAACAAUGUCCAACUAUGGACUGGUUUAGAUUUCUGUUAUUGUAUAGUAUUGUUUAGUUUGGUGUGUUCCUUAUUUACUCUGUUUUUAGUCAACUUUUUGUUGUUUACAAUUAGUUGAACAACUCUGUUCAGUCAACUUUUAUGCUUUUAUGUUAUUGAGCAAGUACCUCAAAUACAUUGACACGAAUUGGCAGAAGUAUUGGAACUCAAAGAUUUGUUU